GAAGAUGAUCAAUGAAGAAAUAACCAUUUUUAUUUUUUGUUUUCCCUUAAAUUAAUUAUCACUGCUGAGUGCUGACUAAAACAAAGACUUUCCUUUUCUUGUAACAAAAAAAUUCCCUCGAAAGGCCAAAACCCGAAACCUCUAAAUUUCUCAAUUUUCUUUCAUUUCUGCUUUCAUACAAGUUUAUUUCGAGCCAAAAGUUACAAAUUCCUACUGGGUUUUUUAUAAAAUUUGAAACUUUUAGGGUUCUUUGAGGCUUUUGUUAAUUUUGGAAGAUCAAAAAUUAUCUCUUUUCAGCGAUGGGAAGUAGAAAAGAAGAAGAAAGAAACGAGAAGAUAAUACGAGGUCUCAUGAAACUGCCUCCAAAUCGUCGUUGCAUUAACUGUAACAGUUUGGGUCCUCAGUAUGUUUGCACAAAUUUCUGGACUUUCAUUUGUAUGACAUGCAGUGGGAUUCAUCGUGAGUUCACUCAUCGCGUAAAGUCUGUAUCAAUGUCAAAGUUCACUAAACAGGAAGUUGAAGCGCUUCAGAAUGGUGGGAAUCAGCGUGCACGAGAUAUUUAUCUUAAGGAUUGGGACCUGCAGAGGCAAAGAUUGCCGGACAGCAGCAAUGCUGAUAAAAUCCGAGAGUUUAUAAAGAAUGUAUAUGUGGACAGAAAAUAUGCUGGAGGAAAAUCAUCCGACAAGCCUCCUAGAGACAUGCAGAGCCAUAGAAACCAUGAAGAUGAAGUAAGACGUGCCAGUUCUUAUCAUUCUUAUUCUCAAAGUCCACCAUAUGAUUAUCAAUAUGAGGAUCGGCGUUAUGGUAAACAAGUUGCUGCUGCACUUUCUAGGAAGCCUGGUUCAGAUCGAGGACACUAUGUGGGGAAAGUUUCUAGUUUUGUCUACAGCCCUGGUCGCUUAAGUGAUCAAAUGUUUGAGGACAGGUUUGCAAAUGAGGGAUCUGCUCCUAGGGUUUCAGACUACUCUGUAUCUAGUGGAGGUGAUCCAUUCGCAUCUGGUACAGGGUCACCGAAUUACCGGAAGGACAUUGGAUUUAGCAGCCCAACUUUUCAACCUCCAAGAGAUGUUUUAAGUGAAGAUACACAUCAUCAAAUGAUCAAUCCUUCUCUGGACCCAAGUUCCCAAAACAAUGGUGGAGGGAUUCCACCCCGACAGAGAACUAAAUCCAUUGAAAGUUAUGGGUCAUUUGAUGGCAAUGCCAUGCCUGUCAAGUCAUGUAGUUCAGGCAUUGGAAUUGGACCUGAUGUUGUCUCUGAACGUGAACAAAUUGAUCAGUUCGAUCAUACUAAAACAUCUACUAUUAUGCAAUCAUCUGUUCCUGUGAAUUAUGGUGCCCUGGAUCUCUUUAAUACACCUGAGGCUUCUGCUUCUCCACCACUAGAUUUUUUUCAGUUACCUGCAACAUCAUCAGAAUCUUCCAAAGAUUUAUUUCAACCUACAGCUGUAUCUUCAAUGCCACCUGGGGAUUUAUAUAAACCUCCCUCAUCUACUCCAUCUAUAGACUUGUUUGCUGAGAUUGCCGAGCAGCACCCCGCUACAAGUUUUGAUGGAAAAUCACCUGAGUUACCUGUACCUAAAAAUGAAGGAUGGGCAACAUUUGAUACUCCUCAGCCUGCAGCAUCUGAUCCAGUAUCCAAAAAUCUUUUACCUGCUGUGAUGCCCAGUGAUGAAGAUUUGUCAGUGAAGUUUGACCAACAGUCAUCCAUAAACACAACCAUGCAGUGGUCACCUUUUGAAAAUUUUAGUGCUUUUGGGGAUUCUUCAGCAACGUCUACUAAAUGGCAAGAUGGACAUGAGGUUCAAGCCCCCCCUGUUGCAACUGGCACUCAGUCAUGGAAUGCUUUUAAUGAUUCGGUUGAAUCACUUCCUCUUGAACCUCAAGUAGUAGCAUACGAACAUAUGGCCACCACUGAUGAACAUUUGGGCUUAGCAGUUUCAGAGAACCAUGAUAAUUAUGGCAUCCAAACUGCUGACUCCCAUAUUGGUUUUCCUGCUGCUACUCUACCAUCAGAGAAUGGCAUAGCACCAUUAUAUGCUCCAUCGAUGAACCCACUUCCGGGAGAGAAAGAGACACAAGCUGCUGAUCUUAAACCAACCAACCCAUUUGAUCUUCCUUUUGAUUCUGAAUUGGAACAAAGUGAUAUGUUCUUCGAUAUGAGUUCAUUACAAAGCACACUUCCUAAUGCUCAGUUGCCUUCCACCUUUCUUGGUGUAUCGCAACCAUGGCUUCCUCAGAAUCCCACACCACCACAAGGUGGAUUAGUCUACAUGUCAGGCCAAACACCAAGUUCGCAAUUACCGAAUGUCCCAGCUCAAGGUCCUGUUGCUUCCAUCGGAGGAAAUCCUUUCGCGUAGAAACUACUUAGCAACAAUAGCUUUUUUUAGUACAUUUUCAGUCUGGGUAGUUUCCUGGUUGCCAAAAUAUAAUCAAUCUUUCAGUGCGUACAUUAGAACUAAUUCUACCGUGAAGUGAUUCCAAUUUUUUUUUCCUUGGCGAAAAAUAAUACCAUUGUGGAGGCUGAAAAUUCGGUUUAGUGUUUUGUGUCUUAAAGGCCUCAUGCUUGUAUGUGAUUCACUUGUUAGAAGCACCCAGGAAAGGGUUGUAGGGGGAGAUAGGCUUUGGUUUAAUGGUGCUUAGGGUGGCAAAGAUAGUAUAAUGGUAUUGUAAUUGUUUGCAACUUUCUAUUUUGACUGUUUCACUAGCAAAAUUGGAGAGGUUUUUAGCAAUCUUGAACCGGUUUUUGCUUGAA